ACCGAAAGCGGUGGAAAAUAGAGGAUAGGUCAAGUCGCCCGCCAGGACUGAAAUGGUUUAGAGUGCAAGCAACAGUGGGAAAUUGUGCUCACUAAUAUAAAUCAUUCCUCAGAAACAUCCGAGUACUAUCUUUUCUAGUGAAUUUUCUGUAAUAAUCUUUUAUACCGCAUGAUGUGUCGGCCCAUAUUGAUGUUGUCCAUUGGCCUAGCGCUGUUCGCAAGCUGCCUGUUUGGGGACAAGAACGAGGAAGCAGGGAAAACUGAGGAAGAAGCUGUGUACAAAAGGCCUGAGGUUAAAGGAUUUGCCUAUAUUGCUGAGCCAUUUGAUAAUGAGAUAGAGUUUAAUGAGCAAUGGAUCACUUCUCAAGCUAAAAAGGAUGGUGUUGAUGCAGCAAUUUCAAAAUAUGAUGGGAAAUGGUCAAUAGAAGAACCCAAAGAUAGUGCAUUCAAAGGAGAUAAAGCUCUAGUUUUAAAGGAAAAGGCCAAACAUCAUGCAGUUUCCAGUUUGUUGCCAACAAAGUUUGAAUUUACUGAUCAACCAUUUAUUGUGCAAUAUGAAGUUAAAUUUCAAAAUGGACUGGAGUGUGGUGGUGCAUACAUGAAGCUGUUGUCAGACUUGCCAAAGCUUGACUUGGAAGAACUAACCGAUAAGACACAAUACACAAUAAUGUUUGGACCAGAUAAAUGUGGAGAAGACAGCAAGCUACAUUUCAUCUUUCAACAUAAAAACCCAAAGACAGGAAAGUACGAAGAAAAGCAUGCAAAGAAACCAACCGGUGAUUUUUCGAAAAUUUUUGAUGACAAGAAGACACACUUGUUCACUCUCACAAUCAGGCCUGACAAUACAUUUGAGAUUCAAGUAGAUAAGCAAGUUGUUAAUUCUGGCAGCCUGCUAACUGAUUUUGAGCCAUCAGUAAACCCCCCGACAGAAAUUGAUGACCCAAGCGACAAGAAACCUGAUGAAUGGGAUGAGAGGGAGAAGAUUGUUGAUCCAAAUGCUAAAAAGCCAGUUGACUGGGAUGAAGAUGCGCCUGCGAAAAUUGUUGAUCCAAACGCAAAGAAACCAGAUGGAUGGCUUGAUGACGCACCUGAGAACAUCCCUGAUCCCAGUGCUGUAAAACCUGCCGACUGGGAUGCCGAGGAAGAUGGUGAAUGGGAGCCUCCGCAGAUCCCAAAUCCGAAGUGCUCUGAAAUUGGUUGCGGAGAAUGGAAGGCACCCGUGAUUGACAACCCACAAUUUAAAGGAAAGUGGCAACCCCCUCUCAUUGAUAAUCCUGACUAUAAGGGCAAAUGGACGCCAAAGAAAAUAAAGAAUCCGGAUUAUUUCGAAGAUAAAGAUCCGUUUAAAAUGACUUCAAUCGCUGCGAUCGGAUUCGAGCUUUGGUCGAUGAGUGACGACAUUGUGUUUGAUAACGUUAUCAUUUCUAGUCAAAAGUCGACUGUCGAUGCAUGGACAGCAGAAAGCUGGGAUUUGAAAUUCGCAAGAGAAUUUUCCGUCACCGGCGAAUCAGGGGGUGGCAUCUGGAACGCGCUGCAAGAUGCGACAAAGGAAAGACCCUGGCUUUGGGCAAUUUACGUCAUCGUGGUUUUCUUACCCAUAAUCCUUAUCAUUGCGUGCUGUUUACCAGGCAAAAAGGACGAGACAGCCGAGAGAAAAAAAACUGAUGAGCCAGCAGCUGAUGACGAGAAUGCAGAACAGGAGCAGGAAGAAAACGAGGAUGAAGAGGCAAAGGAAGGAGAUAACAGUGAUGAGCCAGAUGAGAGCAAAGAUAAAGAAGAAGUGCAAGCUGACAAAGAUGAAUCGAAAAGUUCAAAGGAAGAGGAGAAAACAGAAUCUGCAGAUGCUGCCCCAGAAGCAGCUCCAGAAGAAGACAUUCCUCCACCGGAUUCAUCUCCAAGCAGAAGAGCAACAAGAAGAAAAGCAAGAAAGGAGUAAACCUGGACAUGAAAUGCUCUAGAUAAUUAUCAAUUGAGGAAAAUGACGUUAAAAAGUAACCAAGCUCGGAAGAACACUUUUUCUUCAAAGGUCAUUCCUCUAGAGAGGAUUAUUUUCAAAGUGUGAUAUUGAGAACGAGGUUCAUGGCAGUAAUUCUAAAAUUUUGCGGUGAUCAGAGUCUAUUUAAACGCUGUCGUUCAUUGUUAUAUCUACGAAA